CAAAUAGUGUAGCAUCAGCGCUGGUCCCAGCACUUCUCUCUGUGCAGAUCUUUGGGUUUGCGUGAAGCGUUUGCAGCAAUGCCUGAGCCCGCCAAGUCCGCUCCUGCUCCCAAAAAGGGUUCCAAAAAGGCCGUGACCAAGGCCCAAAAGAAGGACGGCAAGAAGCGUAAGCGCAGCCGCAAGGAAAGCUAUUCCAUCUACGUGUACAAGGUGCUGAAACAGGUCCAUCCCGACACGGGCAUCUCGUCGAAAGCCAUGGGCAUCAUGAACUCGUUCGUCAACGACAUCUUCGAGCGCAUCGCCGGCGAGGCGUCCCGCUUGGCGCAUUACAACAAGCGCUCCACCAUCACUUCCCGGGAGAUCCAGACGGCCGUGCGCCUCUUGCUACCCGGGGAGCUGGCCAAGCACGCCGUGUCCGAGGGCACCAAGGCAGUCACUAAGUACACCAGCUCCAAGUAAAAUUGGAGAUCUCCGAGGGUGCCUGAAGGUCUCCCAACAUACACAACGGCUCUUUUAAGAGCCAUCCA